AUGGCGCCUUCGGCAGUCGACGCCACUAAGACGGACGGCACUCCGGCCGGCAAGGCCAAGCCGGUCACCAUUGAUCUCGGCUCGGGCGAUCCGUCUCUGGCCCACGUCGAGGAGGCCGUCAGCCACCCGCCCACGUUCGAGGACAAGACGGCCGAGCGCCGCUUCCUCAAGCACCGCCUGGCCCUGGCCUUUCGCAUCUUUGCCAAGCACGGCUUCAUGGAGGGCAUCGCCGGCCACAUCACUGUGCGCGACCCGGUGGACCCGUCCAGCUUCUGGGUCAACCCGUUCGGCCUGCACUUUGCCCUGAUCACGGACGACGACCUCAUCCGGGUCGACCACGAGGGCAAGGUCAUCGAGGGAGGGCGGAACCGGAUGCUAAACUAUGCUGCGUUUGCUAUCCACUCGGAGAUCCACAAGGCCCGGCCGGACGUGCUGUGCGCGGCGCACUCACACAGUGUCUAUGGCCGUGCUAUGUGCACGACCGGCCGCACGCUCGACAUGUUGACGCAGGAUUUUUGCAUGUUUUAUGAUGACCAGGUCGUGUAUCCAAAAUUCUCUGGCGUCGUCUUGGCGACGGAAGAAGGCCGACGCAUCGCCGAGACGCUCGGCAACCGCAAAGCGGCUUUUCUAAGCAACCACGGACUGCUGACGGCAGGCCCGUCGAUUGAGGCAGCGGUGAACUGGUUCGUGAUGCUGGAAAAGUGCAGCCAGGUGCAGCUGGCGGCCGAGGCAGCGGUGGGCGGGCGACGGGAGGAAUUGCUGACGAUCGGGGCCGAGGAAGCGCAAGCCACCUGGCAGUCGAUUGGCGGGCCCGAGAGCGCGUACUUCCAGGGACUGCCGCUAUUCCAACUGGCCGAGCGAGAGUUUGGCGAGGCGACGUUUAUGGGUCAGGGGGUCGAGCCUCUGUGA